AUGGCCUUUUGUGGAAACAGGGAGGACAACCAGGCCGUGGAGAACAUGGCCAGGUCCAAGCAGAAGCUGCGUGUCACCACAGAAUCUUCAGAUUGCCUCUUCAUGAGUUGUAGCACCUUUGGCGACAUCGGAGUUGAAGACAGCGAGGAGGGCUGUGAGGUGAACGGCCGGGUCUAUCGAGACGGGGAGGUUUUCCAGCCCAGCUGCAAACUCCAGUGCCGCUGCCUGGACGGGGGCUUCACCUGUGUCCCACUCUGCCAGGAGGACGUCCGGCUGCCCACCCCGGACUGCCCCUACCCACGGCGUGUGGAGGUCCCUGGAAAGUGCUGCCCUGAGUGGAUCUGUGAAGCCCGGGACCCACACCUCCGCUGGGAUGCUGGGGCAGCCCCCAGGGCAGUGUCCCCACCACUGCCAUAUGCCUGCCAGGAGUGGGGCACGGAGUGGAGUGCCUGCUCGGCCUCCUGCGGCGUGGGCUUCUCUACCCGUGUGUCCAACCAGAACCGCUACUGGUUACUGGGCAGCAUCCCCAAGUUUCUUAAGCUGAAUGAAACGGCACGCACGGCUUCCAAAAUAGCCGGGGCCCUGCACUUCCCUGACGCCCAGCUCAAAAUAUCUCAAGUGGGCUGGCGGCAGACGCUGAGGGAGUGGCAGAAGCUGCCGGACACCAAAUCUCUCCUCUGA